GGAAACCGUCACAAAGCAGCAGAAAACAGAAGCGUUUCAGAAACAGUGACGAGUCCUUCAGGAGACGGCAGCAGCCAACAUGACUCCAUCGUCCUUCCUGUCCUCCAUCGCCCUCUGUAUGAUCGCGUCUAACGCCACCCCCAUCAUACUGCCUCACACCGAGCCCCCGCUGAUCCGAGACCAACCCUUCGCGGUUAUAUGGAACGCCCCGACCGCCAAGUGCCAAAAACUGGAGAUCCCCCUGGACACCGCGGUCUUCCAGGCGGUGACCACGCCCAACCCCGUGCCCGGCCAAUUCCUCACCAUCUUCUACGAGGACCGCCUCGGCCUCUACCCUAAAGUGGACAUCGUCAAACGCAUGCAAUACGAAGGCGGAGUCCCUCAGAACGGGAACCUGACGGAGCAUCUCCUCAAGGCCAAGCGUGAAAUCGAUCGCUCCAUUUCAGAGGAUAACUCUCCAGGAUUGGCGGUGAUCGACUGGGAGUCCUGGCGCCCACUGUGGGACCAGAACUGGGGAUCCAAAAAAAUCUACAAGAACCUCUCCAUCAAUAAAGCCAUGCAGAUCGCCCCGUGUUUGUCCUCCGAUAAGAUAGCCGAGGUAGCAAAGAAACAAUUCCAACUGGCAGGGCAUCGUUUCAUGGAGGAAACCAUCAGUUUGGGGAUAAUGGAGCGUCCGAGCCGCCGUUGGGGAUUCUACUUGUUACCGGACUGCUUCAACUAUGAUUGGCAGAAGAAAGACUAUACGGGGAAGUGCCCCAAGAAGGUCCAGAACCAAAACGACCAGCUGAUGUGGCUGUGGAAAGCCAGCACCGCCCUCUUCCCCUCCGUCUACCUGCACCUGUCCAUGAGGAACUCCCCCAAGGCCGCGCUUUUCGUCCGCAACCGUGUCCUCGAGGCUCUGAGAGUCGCCGCGCUGCCGAAACGUUCCUACACCGUGCCGAUCUACGUCUACUCCAGGCCUCUGUACCGCGACCAAACUGAGAUCUUUCAGAGCAAGACGGACUUGGUGAGCACUAUCGGAGAGUCUGCAGCUGUGGGAGCCUCUGGGGUCGUAAUGUGGGGAGGAGUCAGAGAUUACAACAACAAGGCUGCCUGUACGUCUCUCUCUGAGUACUUGACCUCCACCUUCAACCCGUACGUCGCCAACGUGACGGCGGCGACCAUGUUGUGCAGCGAGGUGUUGUGUCAGUGGAAAGGUCGCUGCGUCAGGAAGAACCACGAGUGCGGCCACUACCUCCACCUGAACCCCGAGCGCUUCAGCAUCCGGCGGGCCGACAGGAAGUACGUCGCCGUCGGGAUUCCCUCCGCAGGCGACCUGAAGAUGUGGGAGGAGCACUUCACCUGUCAGUGCUACGCUGGGGAGAGCUGCACCCCCAAACUGGUGACUCCCACCAAAAUCAAGCACAUCUGGGUUUAAUCUGUUACAUGUUUACAGGAUAAGGCCUCCUGAUGAUCCACAGAUUUAAUUAUGUAGUCACUUAAUCCUUAAUUGGAUAAAAGUAUGCCCUGUACAAACAACAAAGUAAUAAAUGCUUUUCUGAAAACAUUAUAUAUAUUUUUAUUUUCGUUAUAUUAUCAGAAUUAGGCCUCUUGCUUAUUUACAGAUUUUAUUAUGUAGUCAUUUAAACUUCAAUUUUGUCUUCAAUUUUAUGAAAUUGUUCCUUCAGCUACAUUAUACCAUGAGUAAUCUAUUUAAAACAAAUAUUUAUCUAAUGAAUACAAUGAAAAAUAUAAUAUGGAGAAUAUUAAAAUGUUGCAUUUUUUUAUUUGUGACCUUUGUGGGCCAUUUCAGACACAAUACUGAUUUAUUGGAAUUGAAAACUAAAAUGCACCAAAUAAAAGAUUUUCUGAAAUCUA